ACAUGGCAUUCCGAAUUCUCUGCUUAUUCCUACAAAAAUCAAACGCAUUAUUUCUUCCCUCAUUCAUAUUCAUACAAAUCAUCUUUUUCUUUCAAUCCAAUUCUCUUUUGCGGUUUUUGGCUUCUCAUAUGCUCUGAAACCACGAUUUUGACGUAGAACAUAUUGAUUGCAAUUUUGGUUGAAAACGAUGAAUUCUUGUUGAUUGCAAUUGAGGCGCUGUUGGAGGUUGUGGAAAACAAAUAGAAAGAAGCAAUGGAUUCUGCAAGAAGUUGGCUUCACAAAUUUCAGCCACGAGAGAAAGGGAAGAGCGCUAGCAGAAGGAAAGAAGGUGACGGAGAAGAGGAUAAUAAUGGUGCUCCCAUGGAUGAAGCAGCUCUUUCAAAUGUCACAAAGCAGAAGGUUGCAGCAGCCAAACAGUAUAUUGAGAAUCAUUACAAAGAGCAAAUGAAGAGCCUUCAGGAAAGGAAGGAGCGUCGAACCAUCUUGGAAAAGAAGUUAGCUGAUGCUGAUGUGUCUGAGGAGGAUCAAAACAACCUACUUAAAUUUCUAGAGAAAAAAGAAACUGAAUAUAUGCGCCUUCAGAGGCAUAAGAUGGGAGUUGAUGAUUUCGAGUUAUUGACCAUGAUUGGCAAAGGUGCAUUUGGAGAGGUUAGAGUAUGUAGAGAAAAGACAACAGGUCAUGUAUAUGCAAUGAAAAAAUUAAAGAAAGCAGAGAUGCUUCGUAGAGGCCAGGUAGAACAUGUUAGAGCCGAGAGAAAUCUCCUUGCCGAGGUUGACAGCAAUUGCAUAGUCAAACUUUAUUGUUCUUUUCAAGAUGAGGAUCAUCUGUAUCUUAUUAUGGAGUACCUACCUGGUGGGGAUAUGAUGACUCUACUUAUGAGAAAGGACAUCUUGACUGAAGAUGAAACCCGUUUUUAUAUAGGAGAAACCGUUCUGGCUAUUGAGUCUAUACAUAAACACAAUUACAUACAUAGGGAUAUUAAGCCUGAUAACUUAUUGCUCGAUAGAUUCGGACAUGUGAGGCUGUCAGAUUUUGGACUUUGUAAACCAUUAGACUGUAGUACACUUGAAGAAGCAGAUCUUUCUGUAGGUCAAAAUCUUCAGGGAUCUGCACAAAAUGAUGGCACAACUCCAAAACGCACACAACAAGAACAGUUGGAACACUGGCAGCAAAACAGAAGGACUCUUGCCUAUUCUACUGUUGGUACACCUGAUUAUAUUGCUCCAGAAGUCUUAUUGAAAAAGGGUUAUGGGAUGGAGUGUGAUUGGUGGUCACUUGGAGCCAUUAUGUAUGAAAUGUUGGUGGGAUAUCCACCUUUUUAUUCUGAUGAUCCAAUGUCAACAUGUAGGAAGAUAGUAAACUGGAAAUCUCACUUGAAAUUUCCAGAAGAAGCGAGACUAUCUCCAGAGGCUAAAGAUCUUAUUAGUAAGCUUUUGUGUAACGUCCCUCAGAGGCUAGGAUCAAAUGGUGCAGAUGAAAUAAAGGCUCAUCCAUUUUUUAAUGGUGUUGUUUGGGACAAGUUGUAUCAAAUGGAAGCUGCAUUUAUUCCUGAAGUCAAUGAUGAGUUAGAUACUCAAAAUUUUGAAAAGUUUGAAGAGUCAGAUAACCAUGUUCUGAAAUCAGCAUCAAGAUCUGGUCCAUGGAGAAAGAUGCUUUCAUCUAAGGACAUGAAUUUUGUGGGAUAUACAUACAAGAACUUUGAAAUUGUCAAUGACUAUCAAGUUCCUGGAAUGGCUGAAUUGAAGAAGAAAAGUUCCAGAUCAAAGAAGCCAUCCAUCAAGUCACUCUUCGAUGUUGAUCCUGAGGGAUCAGAGUUGUCCGAGGCUGUAGAUGCAUCUGCAACCAACCAAUCAGAGGAAUCCCAUAACAAGAAUGAAUGAAUAUGAUGAUCUACUUACCAUGCCCAUGUGUUAGUAUUAUAUAUCAUUCUUAGCUAAAUUGAUUACUUGCAUUGGUGGCUUGAGGAGAGGCAUGGAGAAAUUGUUGUCAAGUUGGUUUGGACAAUUCUUGAAAAGCUUUGUUAGUCACACCACUCACCAUAUUGGAUUAUUUUAGGUUUAAUUACUCUAUUGGUUCCUAUAGUUUUACCAAAUUUUUAAUUAGGUCCCUAUACUUUUUUACCUUUCAAUUAGAUCUCUACACUACUUUUAAUUUUGUAAUUACGUCAUUUUCAUGUUAAAAAUGUUAAAAUUAACAUAAUAUUUUUACCAAAAU